AUGUCGUACAAAGAUUUACUUGAUUGGAUAUACGAGCUGCAACGACAAGUACAUAAUCCUCCAACCUACAAUAACGACCAACAUCCUGGCAAAAUGAAAUGCAUCGUGACAAAUGGAGCACAGCAUGGCCUGUCAUUGGUUAUGGAAAAUCUUGUAAGCAAAGAUGACAUCUGUCUGAUGGAAUCACCUUCUUAUGCAGGAGCAAAAGCACUGUUAGGUCCCCUUAAGCCUAAGGUAAUACCUAUAGAUACCGACAAACAUGGUAUUAUACCCUCAGAGCUGAGAAAAGUAUUAUCUAGAUGGAACCCUUCCACUAUACAGCAUCCUGGUAAAGAUGGACCGAAACUAUUAUACUGUGUACCUACAUGUGGAAACCCAACAGGUGCAAGUAUAACUCUGGAAAGAAAGACAGAGAUUUAUGAACUUGCUAAGGAAUACAAGUUUUUGAUUAUAGAAGAUGACCCCUACUUUUAUCUGAAAUCCAGACCAUAUGUGCCAAGUUUUCUGUCAAUGGAUACUGAUGGGCUUGUAUUGAGGAUGGAUACUGUAUCAAAAGUAGUAUCAGCAGGGAUUCGCAUUGGUGUAUUAACAGGACCUGCUCCAUUAAUUGACAUAUUUAGAUGUAAUAUAGAAACAUCUGUUCAGCAAACAAGUGGAUUAUCACAGCAAUUUUUAUUAGCGUUGUUGAAGAAAUGGGGAUAUGAGGGUUUCUAUGAAAAUGCAGACAAAAUGGCAGCCUUUUAUGAAAGUAGGAAAUAUGAGUGUUUAGAAGCUGCAAGAAACCACUUAAAAGAUGUUGCAGAAUGGGACGAACCAGCUGGUGGAAUGUUUCUGUGGAUAAAACUGAAAGUAAAGGAUGCACUUCCAGUGGUAGAAAAAUUAAUUCAGGAGAAAAGUGUUUUUGUUGCACCAGGGUUGCAUUUCACUCUGGAUUCAAAGCCAUCUCCAUAUAUAAGAGUUGCUUUUUCAAAUACAACAUACGAGAAACUGAACAAGGCAUUUGAAAGUUUAGCCCAGGUGAUAAAAACCUAUAAAUCAGAAAAUGAAUGACAGAUAAAACGAAUACGAUGAAAUCAGUGUAUUAUCACGUGAUGGUUCUAUCAUAUACAAUUUGUAAAAUUCUGUUUUAAGGGCAUACAAUACAGUUUUGAUCCCACGGUGAUUUUUUUACGAAAAUUUGCAUACAAGUUAUUUUCACCUGGUCUAUUCAAAUAUGUAAUAAAAAAAACAUUUACUUAAAAUUUCGGUUUCUUGGACAUUUCUAUCCUUUUGACAGAAAUAAUUCACUUUUUGUUUGAAAAGUUAAAAACAUGCGGAUUUUUGUAAAACGAUUCGGAAUAUCAUCUUUACAAAAGAAUCGUCUUAAUUUGUGUAACAAUUCUUUGAAAAUAAUUCAUUUUUAUUAAAUUUUCAUGAUUUUAGAAAAAAAACAUGACAUAUUUUGCUGUAUAUCUAUCUAAUUAAAAAAAAAAUCGUCGGUAAUUUUUUCAUAAAAAUUUUGAAUAAGUAAUCUUCAUACAGUAUCAAGUCAAAUGUCAUUUCAUAAAAUGAGGGUCCAUGUAAUCGUUUUCAAGUUAAUGAUUAAAAUCACUCGAAAAAUGCGUCUUUUCCCGAUAUGUCACAGUUUGACGUCGCGAAAAAUAACAUUUUAAGUUAGCAACGGAAUUACCUUCCCUGCAAUUGUAUCGUAUGCCCUUUAUAAAUUCUGUUAGAAUUUCGGAAAUAUUUUCCCCUGCUUAUUUUGCAUUAAAGAAGUAAAUAAACUCAUCAUAGAUAUUAGGAUUAAAAUUUUGUACGCUAGACGCGCGUUUCGUCUUCAAAAGACUCAUCAGUGACACUCGAUUCAAAAAAGUUAAAAAGGCUAUAUUAAGUACGAAAUUGAGGAGCAUUGAGGACCCAAAAUCCCGAAAGUUUAUGCCAAAUAAAGCUGAGGUAAUGUAUUCCAGGGGUAGAAAAUCCUAAGUGUUUCGCAAAAAUUCAGAGUUUUGUUAACAGUUGAUUUAUAAUUGUACGAAUCACAUCGGUUAACCUAAGGGCGAAGAGAUGAGUAUGCGAGUUUGCACCAUGUAUCUAUCUUUUAUUCAUAUAUAAUAUCAUAUGGUCGCUAACAAUCGAUUCUCUACAAAUAAAGAAUAAUUUCACAUAAGUAAAAAUACAUAAAUUAUAAUAAGAUACAUGUUUAAGUGUUCACAUUAAACUAAACAAACAAUAAAAACCAUUUCAUUCAUGUAUCAUAAGUUCUCUCAUAAGUUAAAUUACGUUUAAAAUAAUAAUUAAAAGUUACGCAUAUUUCUAAUAAAUAGUAUACAAUGUUUUCUCUCUUUAAAUAAGUUUUGAUGUAAUAAAAAGAUAGUAUACAUAAAAGGUUUCUUACCAACUAUAAUCUGUCUAAUAAAAAACAAUGUGCAUCCGUAUGUAAUCAAAUAAAGUCUAGACGACGAAACGUCAUAAAACAGAAACGGGAAAAUGUGUUAUUCAAAAGAGCGCAACGUUACAUUAGCGCUUUCAUAAAUAAAUAGUAAAAACUGUGUUUCGUAUUCUUACAAGAAUAAAUGAAUACAUUAGUUAAACAAUUAAUAAAUAAUUAACUUAUAUUUAAAAUUUGAAUAUUUCAAAUCUUACACUCCCCACAAUGAAAUUACCAUAUAAUUUCUUAAUACAGUUUGAAAAAUGUAAUACAAAUUUGUCAACAAUAAAAAAUAGUUCUAUUUAGAACACUCAAGUAAGCAUAGUUUAUUUAUAGGUCUCAAAAUCUGUGACUGACUAGUUUUGACCACACAGCUACGGAUAUGACCAUCACGGCUCCUUGUGACCUCGACUAUUCUACCUAAAGGCCAUUGUCCUCUCUGUAUACGUUCAUCAGCAACUAAAACAAUAUCGUCUAUUUCAACAUCUCGUUGUUCCCUCUGCCAUUUGCUUCUUUGCUGUAGGGUUGGUAAGUAUUCCCUCAACCAACGUUUCCAGAAUUCAUUCGCUAGGUGUUGUAUUUGUUCCCACCAUCGUUUUGAAUAUAUAUCCUUUUUGUCAAACACACCUUGCGGUGUUGACGUGUUGCUCUUCAUCAAUAAUAGCAUAUUUGGCGUUAAAACUGGUAAAUCACUAUAGACCUUUUCGGGAAUGCCUCGUCUACUUGUGAAGCGUUGAAAGGCUGAAAUAAAAGAAUCCGUAUUUAAACUGUGUGCUAUUUCUAUAUGAAGUAGGGGUGCCAUCUGCUGUUUACAAAACGGACCAUGUUGUCGUUUGCAUGGUACGCAACGAUCGAUAACUGUCUUCACAACACUGGAUCCUUUUAAUAUCC